GGGUACCGGAUGACAUGCGCAGCCCAGCCGUGAAUCACACAUCUCCACGGUAACCGGUGGUAACAGGCUGCUCAGCAUCCGCGGAGGAGGCCAAUCUAUUGGCUAACACAGCAGAACACAGUCGUCCCAAGGCAGCCAUGGUGAAGCCGGGUAGCAACCUGUGUCAGAAGAAGCUGGAGAAGAAGUCGUUGUUGGACGACGGCUUCGACAACAUCCCCCUCAUCACCCCGCUGGAGGUCAACCAGCUGCAGAACCCCCACGCGACCCCCGACCAGGUGUUCGUGAAGACCAAGACACAGUACCAGCUGCAGCAGAAGAGCAAGAGGAGGCUGUACGUGCCCAGCAUCAGACGCUUCAACAUCAACUUCUACAGCAACGUGUCUGAGAAGACCAAGAUCACAGGCCUGAUCCUCAUCACGUUGGCCUUCCUCACCAGCCUCCUACUUCUGCUCAUGUACAAAGCCCUGUGGUACGACCAGCUCACCUGUCCAGAGGGCUUUGUUCUGAAGGGGAAGCACUGCGCCCCCACUGGCCUGGAGAUGUACUACACCGAGCAGCAGCAGAGAGAGCAGUCGGGCCCGGAGGAGCGCGGCACCAUCGGCGCCGGCUUCUACGCGGCCCUCAGCCACCUCAACAAGGUCAAGAGGACCAGGCCCGAGAUGGUGUCGCCAUGGCUACCCGUCAUCGGAACCCUGAAGGAGGGGGGAGGGCCUGCCAGGGAGAGCAUGGAGGAGCCCCUGGAGGGGGAGUUGGGAGGAAAGGAGUGA